UUUUCGCUUAUCAUUAAUUUUUGAGUUUUAUCAAAUCUUGGAACUGUGCUGAACGGAUGGACAGUGAUGGGAUUUCUCGUACAAUUUUCUGUUGCAUGAUUGCAUUCACUAGUAAAUUGUGUUUUUCAAGAAGCCAUCCUCGUGGCCUGCACAGCUUGCAGCUGCUGCCAACCAGCCAUUCUUUCGUCACUUUGGUAUUACUUUUAACUCCGCGACCCAUAGUCUGAGCAGACAUAUGGCAGAUAUGAGUGCGAAUUCCUCAGCGUCCAUCGGUCUGGAACCAUCCGCACUGCGGCUGGCCAGCAGCAUGAGACGUUCCCUGAGCAGUGGAGAGUUUAGCGACGUGCAGUUUUCCGUCGGACGGCAGUUUGGGCCAGCCAAAUGUUUUCAUGUGCACAAGUAUGUUCUCUGCCUGCGGAGCUCUGUAUUUGGCGCCAUGAUCUACGGGAAUCUUCCUGAACGUUGUGAUCAGCCAAUCAAUAUUCCGGAUAUCAUCCCCGAUGCUUUUGGGAAUAUGCUCAAUUUUCUCUACACUGACGUUGUGGAGAAUCUGAACGUGGAGAACGUCGUGCAAACGUUGACGUGCGCUGACAAGUACGAUCUGCCGUUGCUAGUGGAGAUGUGCCGCGAUUUCAUCAGCACCCACCUGAACGUCGACAAUUGCCUUACCAUCCUGGAGAAUGCGAUUCGUUUCCACGCCGACGUGAUCAUUGAACGUUGCCUGCAAUUUAUCGACCAAUGCGUUAAGGAGGUUUUCCGCUCCGAAAAGUUUGUCGUCGUCGAUCAAAAAGCGGUCGUAAGGAUUUUCCAGCGUGACACACUGUCUGCCACCGAAAAUGACAUCUACCUGGCCGCUGAGAGGUGGUCACUGGAAGCGUGCAAGGCCAACAACUUCGACCCAUCAGCCGCUAACCGGCGCCAGAUGUUGGGGGAAGCGUUGUUUCUCGUUCGCUUUCCGCUGCUGACCAAUGCCCAACUGGCUGAUGGGCCGAUAAAAAGUGGCUUGCUGCUGCAGUCGGAAGUGCAGGACCUCUUUCAGCACCGGUUUGCCACAGCGAAACCCUCGCUGUCCUUUCCCGCCCUGCCUCGCACACACCCCGGCUUCCGUGUUGGCGAGCUCGUGUUCCAGAAUAAAGAACUAGUUUUUAUUCAUCGCAGCCCGCAGUCCACCGCAUGGUGCCCAGCGGUAAUUAUCGGAGUUCAGCAGGGAGAGUUUGUGUACGAGUGGCGCAGUUGUUUCCCUCAAGGCACCGGCACGGCAGCCGGUGCAAAGAUUGUGCGGGCAUCCGACGUCUUGAAGCCUGGCCUCGUGUUGUUUGCGAAAAUUGAGAGUCUCGCUUACGCCUUGUACUGCCGGGCCGAUGGCGACCAGCAUGUCGUAAAGCGCUGUGGUCAAGAGUAUACGGUUGGGAUUGACCAUUUAGAGUUGGACGACAGCCGCCUACAUCUGCGCGUUUGAAACACUACUUUGAUUAUUAUUACUAUCAUCUUUCUGGAGCAGACGUCCCUUUUCAUGGGACUUCGACAGUGACAUUACAGUUGUUAAAAUGGCCAUGUGGCAUUGCUUUGCUCGUGUAUGUAAGUGCACGUACGUACAAGUGCAGCGAUGUCUAUCCUCGUGAACGUGCAUAUUGUCCGAUGUCCAUUGUGCCGUGGCAACAACUGGUAAUCGGAGCACCAGCGCUGGUGCGUUUACUACGUAAUACGUUAUGUCUAUUUAGUUGGUUUUUGCUCGGCCAGCGAGCGGAUAAUUAUAAAGGUAUUAUACCGCUGCUGCAAACGUGACAGUCUGGUGGUAGCAGUUUGCA